CGAUAUAUGUUUUUUCUUUCCUUAAUCUCUCCCACAUCCUAUUUUCGGUUCUCACAACCAGAAGGUUCAACAUCACCGAAACAUCGCAGAUUAUCUACCAUAAAUGGCUUCCACCGUGGUAUCUGAGGGUCUUCCGACCAUCUUGCAUCUUGUCCCGGUCAUUUCAUCCACUUGCUCCCUCUGGUUUGCCUGGGACCAGUACGAAUUCAUGACCUUGUUUCGCAAGCCCGAUCUUCAGGACCUGAGCAACAAACUCCUUCCUUCGUACUUCGCGUCAUUUUUCAAUCGCGGUGCGCCUGGGGUGGUCGGCCUGCUUACUACCACUCUUUUUUCGUGUGGCGCUAUACUGCGCUACUCUCCCGGAACCACUCUCCAUGACAACGGCGCAUUCCCCUGGUACGCUGCAGGCAUCUUGUUUGCCAUAGGCCAUCAGACGUUCAUCCCCUUCUUCCUUCCCCAUGUCCGGGCGAUAGAAAAAGAUGCCAAGGAAAAGAACGUUGCUGAACUAUCGAGUUGGCUUCGUGUCCAUACGCGCCGGAGCCUGACCGUGGAUCUCGCGGCUUGGGUUUGCUGUAUCGUUGCUACUGUCAAAGCCUUACCUUAGAUAGGUAGGUAUAAGCUACACUCAAGUGCCUCGAGUUUACUAAGGGGGAUGCCUGAGGCUACGAGGGUUGUUGUCUUCCCGGAUUUUCCGUCGGAGGGU